AUGGAACCCGUGUGUCAAGCUUUGAAUCUUUCCGAUGAGCAGAAAUGCACAGCUCCUGCAACUUCGGCGAACCUGUUGUUCUGCCGACUUCAUUCGAAACAAUCCCUUGGGCUCUACUUGGGAUACAAAAAGCGCAAUGCCGCCUUUGAUGAACUUGAGACAAGACUUCCGGAGUGGCUGAACAACAAGAUUGCAGAGCAGCCUCUUCGAAAUGUGUCAUUCGACGACGUUGAAGAUGAGGCGACGCUCGCGGAAUUGCAUAACUACCUGUACAAGCGAUAUGGCCUUCUGGACAGAGUGAUUCGAGCGCGAAAGCUCCAUCACAGCCACUUCUAUCCACUGGAUCUGGACUACGGCCACAAAACCUACAUCGAUAAGCUCACGAAUGAAAGAUUUGUUACUUUACGAGCGCUGGAAAGGCUCCAGAAGCGAGCGCUAGAAGUUGUCUACAGAAAUCAAACAUGGCUAGCUUGGGUACGACAGCAGCAAGAAGAGGAGGAGAACGUUCGAGAGAACGAAAGCAAGCAAAUCAAGCGGGAAGCCGCUAUGUUUAGACGUCGAAAUAAGGAGAUUGAGUCGAGGUUGAGAAGGAAACGAAUCAAGGAGGGUCUACGCCGGCAGGAGGCUGCUCUAGAAGAAGCGUUCAAGGAACGACAAGAUACGUCGGAUCAGCAGGAUGAGGAGGAGUCAUGGGAUCCGAUCGAGGAUGAGGUCGAAAACGACCGAAGCAAGUUCGUGGAGAUGAUGAUGCACUUGCUAUGGCUGAAUCCACCGAAGGAGACCUCAGCUCAUGACGUCGAUACUGCGGAUGCAGGUGAUCCUACUCAACAAGAGCCGGUAGAGGCUGAGUUCAACGGAGUGGCAAAUAAAAGCCAGACCGGCGCAUCGGCCCCUGCUAAAGCCAUGAAUCGCAAUCAGAAGAAGAGAGCGAAGAAACAGGCGAAAGCUGAGUCGGCGCCAGCAAACACUAGCAACGAUGGAAAUGCUGAUGACAGUGCACGGAUCGAGGUCAACGAGACAUCCGAGCAGGUCUCGAAACGACUGCUCAAUGGAGCGAAGUUUGACUGGCAAGAGAACGUUCGCGGCGACCUGUUGGCCGGAGUCAUCGAUCAUCCUCAUGAGCUGCAUGGCCAAGUGCUCGGACUACCACAGGAAGAAGUCGACCAACUUGUCGCAGAGAUUGGAGAGAUCAAGCAGCUCCUCCUGUGCAGACUCAUUAUCUCUCAAGCAGCGCUUUUGCCGGCAGCAUUGAGAGCUGAGAGCGUAGAACAAUUCUUUAACGACCCUGAGCUAAGCUCUGCGGAGCUGCGCGAUCUCUGUCUAAGGCUAGAGCAGCCCAGCUUGCAGGAGAUACGAGACGCUUGCGCUGACUUCGCCCGAGACGAGAACGAGGAAGAGGUCAUCAAGCCUGACGACGAGCAGGACGAGCAAGAGACCUACGAUAUGAGUGCUCGAGAUGAAGAUUUCUGGAAGACGAAGCAUGAGAAAGAACUUGAGAAGCGGAGGAGAGACAGCAACGAGGCGCCGCCAAGACUUGACUUUGGCGAGAUCGAAGACGGCAAUACUAGACCUGGCAAGAGAGUCAGGAUCAAAUUGUGUGGGAAAUACAUUUGGAAUCAAGCUUCCGAACGCACCGUUGCCCGACGAGGCUGGCUACAAUUUGCGGUCAUCGCUCACGGCACAAAGUUUGGAGAGGCUAUCCAGCUCUGUCGCAGUUGGGAUGAAUUCUACGGUCUCAGCAUCUUGAACAUCUUCGGAUACUUCCCAAGUGCCGGCUGGGCGACCUGGGCUGGAGACCGUACUCGCUCUCAGUUCCUCCAGUUGGGCUUCGUCCCUCGAUUUUCCUUCCUUGGUGCCCACGAGAUGUCCUCUCGCGCCGCCACUGGUGCGCGAGGAGCAGGUCCAAGAACCCACGAUGUGAUGGAGUGCAAGAAUGUGAUAUGUGCACACAUCAAACGCAACGAUCCCGUCAGCAGGAGAUUUGUUCAGUACCUCAACCUCUACUCUUCCGAGUUGUGCAUUCUGGUUCGAGACGCGAAGACAGGCCGCAUCGUGGUUCAGCCACCGAAGGAGGAGUGGUGGCUUACGAGGACUAAAUCUGGCAUGGGACGAGCAUCUCGGAGUGAAUGGCAGGUCACCAGCGAAGUCAAUGAAGGAAUGUUCGAACGGCUGUCCGACACCUCUGUCUUCAGCGACUUUCGAUUCAGCUUCUCGGAGCAUUACGAUGUCAUCGUCUGGGAUACCUUACCCGGCGUGCAUCCCGAGGAGUUCCAGAACAGGAUACACAACACACUGAUUAAGGCAUAUCGCUUUACUCAAGGGAUCGAAUGCUACUCGGUCGCGGCGCCUAUCCUCAAGACCAUUCGGCGCGAUCCCGACACAGGGCGAUGUCGAGACGUGAGAGAAGGAGAGGAGUCCGUGUGGGAUGUGAUACAACAUCCUGACUCUCAGAGCAUCGACUUCCUCGUGGAGUAUCUGAACGGUAAAAUCACGGGCCGCAGAGAUAUGACUGUGGAGGAGAAGCAUGAGCGGUAUUACAACGAAAUCGAUGCCGCCGAAGACGAAGUGCUCUUCCCAGAAGAA